AGUGGAACACAGCCAAUCACAAACUUCAGUGGAACACAGCCAAUCACAAACUUCAGUGGAACACAGCCAAUCUCAAACUUCAGUGGAACACAGCCAAUCACAAACUUCAAUGGAACACAGCCAAUCACAGGUUGAUUCCAUUAAGGCAAAUUCUAUGAACACCCAGUGGACUGUGACAGUGACUGAGUCAGACUCUGGUUUAAUUUCAAACACAGCGGCUCUUUAUGAAAGGGGACAAUUAAAACAGGACUGUGUGGACGUAUGCAUAAAUUGUGAAGUCAGUCAAUCAUUGAAAACAUCUGGAAGGCUUUCAUUAUACGAUAGUGACAAAGAACUCGAUUUGAACUUCGAAAAGAAUAACAGUCUAAAUUUUAAAAAGCAGAAUUUAAAUGACACCCCACCUGUUGUUUCUGAAUGCGAGUCUUUUGCAGCUGAGAGAAUUUUCUCAAAUGUGCCUAAUACAACUUCUGCUGGAGUGUCAGAUUCCCUGAAUCAGCAUGUGAUCAAUGACCGGACUUCCCAACAAUCAGAUCUGCAGGCCAGACAUCAUUACGGUCAACAUAAUUUCCCAGUUUUACAAAUGCACACUGAAAAAAAAGAUUACUCAGAUAGUAGUUUUCACAUGGACAGUCAUUGCUUAGAGGACAUUGUUUCAGGGGGACAUAAGCCUGAGGCAGAUUUUUAUGAAACUAGCAUAAUUAACUGUAACACACAGGGUGAAUUCACUGAAGCACAAGUGUAUGUUAACAGUAAAACAUUUGAAACCAAUGAUGGUGACGUUUUAGAAGGAACAAUGAAGAAUAGCAAUACACAUCACAUUAUUAAAGGGUACCAGAAAGAAUGCACAAUAGUUCCCUCGAUAGAACAGUCAGUAAUUUACUCUGAUAGUUCGGGAUGCAUAGAAUACACUAGGCCUAAGUCACCAAGUGUCGUGUGUCCUGACAUUAAGACAGCUGAAUCUGAAGGGUGUCCUGUAGACAGUCCUGUCGAAUCUCUGGCUAGUCUGUUCGAGAUUUCGUAUGACAAAUCUCAAGUUAGCCCCACAGAUGUUUGCCUUGAGCUCAGUGAUGGCCUUCAUAUGAACUGUAAACAAGUAGCACAUUGCGUUAUAGAAUAUAAAGAGACCUCCAAACAAUUUAAUCGACCCGACACCCUGUCUGACAAACAAGCAAGACAAAACAAGUCAGUUGAAACAAUUGAGCCAUUUGUUGAUAUUUUGCCUAGUGCAUGCACUGAUCCGUUCACAAAUACACAAUCCCCUUUUGAUUAUUCCCAGCUGAACAUUAGAAACAAUGAAUACAGCUCAGACACAAAUAAUAAUAUUAAAGCCAUUAAUUUUGAAGAGUGUGCCUCAGGUGAACAGAUCUCUUUGCCUAAUUCUUUGCAAAAAUACAGCAGGUUUAGUAUAAAUGCUGGAUCUUUAGUCUCAAAAGGUGGUGAUCGCAAAGACAAUGCCAUUCCUUUUCAGGCUACUCCCUUUAAAGUACCUGAAAUGAGGUCUGCAAUUGACAGAAAAGAUAAUGUUGCUAAACCUUCUGAAUUCAACGAAUUCAGCAGCCAUAGAGAUCCUAUGCUAAAGCAGCUCUGUGAUUGCUGUGGUGGAAAGGAGUGCCAGCUGCAUUCGUCUGCAGUGGAAGGAGACCAGACAGCAGGAGGAUUUCAGUUCAAGGGCACAGACGGCAUCAGUCAGAACAGAUCUGCAGUGUUGCAAACCUUGAGUCCCUCACACACAGAUGACAAAUGCAACACACAUGGAGAGGUUAAUGCAGACUCUACAAACUGUGAAUUUUCACAUAUUGGCCAUUUGCUUGCACACAAACAUCCGGAGCCCGUCCAAGAGAAAAGCAUAUUACCACUGAGUGGCUCAGUUAAGGUCGAUGAUACUUAUUCAUUGGAAAACAUGGAGAGAAAGCUUGAAACUUUCACGGCUAGCUCUCCUGAAAGCACUGAUUCAAUAUGUGAAACUUCUGAUCCUCUUUGUAAGCAAUCUUUGCAACUGUGCAACUCUGAGAUCGAAGGCGCAUUUGUUACAUGUUGCCGUAUUUUACCCAUCACUAAUUUAGAGGCCAUUUUAGAGUCAGACCGUUCACCAGAGAGCUCAUUUGUGAUCGAAAAUGGACUGGGGGAGCAACAGGGAGGAAGUCCAUCAUCAGAAGGUGGAUUUAGUGAGGAAUGGAGCUCUUGUGAUGACAUCACAAACCGCCCACAUGCGAACAUUUCUGCCAUGUGUACAAAAGCCAACAUAGCCACUGUCAUGAAUGAACAAUAUGCUGGAGAAACAAUUAGCUCUUUAUCAAAUGGUUUUGAUAGCAGUGAUGGUAAUAGUGUUUCCAGUUUUGUGUCACAAGACCUUGACUCCAGUACCAACAGUGAAGAGACAGAGGACAGCACUCAGUCAUCAUCUAGUCUUCACAGUUUGGCAAGAAAUAAGAGAACCCAGUCAGGAAAGGGAUCUGUGUUUUCUGUUUUUUCUCGAAUGCCCUCAUUCCGCAAGAUUAAACGAGAACACAAAGCCAAUAGCAAGGUUGAUCCAGAAAUUAAGGAAUCCAAUGAGGAUGGAGAUGAACAGGGUGAGUUCAAAAGGUUACCUACACAUAACAAUUCCAUCCCUUCACUGUACAAGAACUCUAUUUCUCAAAGUACAGAUCAUCUUACAGACAUUACAGAGUUUGUUGACAACUCCAAUGAUGAUAUUUUUGAAAAAGCUUUUGCUUUAAAUAUGCAGAAUAGAGAGAAACAUACACAAUCCCAAAAAUUGUAUCAGCAGCACAAAGAUGGAGAUGCACUGAAUUUUAGAGUGUCCGCAAUGCCAGAGGGAUUGCAACAAAAAAGAAGCAAGAGUACCGAUAACUUAAACUUGCGCAUGAAGCUGGCAAUGGCUCACAAGUCUCUGUCUAGCCUGUUUGAGUCCAGAUAUCCUGAGAGGGACAAUCAGGAGCAGAUUGCACAGUCAGAAAACGAGGAGGUAAAAACCAAGCAGUCCUGGAGGAAGUCGAAACGGUCCAAGGAAGCAGAACUUUUCAAAAGAACUCUAUCGGUUCCUGGGAUGGUCCGUGACAAGUCCAUACAUCAGAGCCAUAUUGAUUGUGCCUUCUGUGCUCCUCAGAACAGGUCCAGACUCAAUAGCUCACCAGCUUCCCAAAAGAGUUUGAGGAACACGUGUCAUUCUGAUUCACAGAGUUUGAAAUCUGGUCCUCAGGAACAGUCUGAAGACAGAAAAUACAUAGAAGGAGGUGAGCUGCCUUGUGCUUCUUACUUAGAUUCUGACCAGAUCUCAGAAGAUGGCUUCGAGUCCAGUGUAGACGAUAGGUCGCAAUCACCCGUACACCCAACUGUUUUUGCACUUGCAAACCAGAUGUCACCUACCUGGACCAGAUCUUUAAGCUGUUUUGAGACCACUGAUACACCAACGAGGCCCAUGAGCCCUAAACCUCACAGUCCUGGCCUGGGCUGGACACAACGGAGAAGCUUCCGUUAUCCCUCGAGAUCUGUUGCAUCCUCUCUCUGCUCGCUCAGUCAAGGAGUGAACACUGAUGGUAUCUCCGAUCCACCUCAGAGACCGACGUCUCUGAAACCAAGGACAGCGCAACUCACAACAACCCACUCUUUUGAUUCUGAAUCCUUACUAGAGGACAGCAGUUCAGACAGCCAGUCUCAAAAUAGCCUGAAUUCAGCAUCUCUGAUCAACAAACCAGAGCAUGUACAGCACAGUACUGAGCCAGCCAUCCAGUCAGAAGAGAGAAGACAACAGGGAAGUGCAUGUGUGCUUCGGAUGAAGUCCAGACAACAGGGUAAAGCUGCACCCAGACCCAUCUCAGACCUCUACGGCUGGACCGUGUCUCUUCAGGGCAUCAGGGAGGUGGCGCUUGAUCUGGAGAGGAAGAGCAAUUCGACUAAAAUACGUCGGCGUUCAUGCUCAUAUGAAACAUUGACUGAUGUGGAGAACAUCCAUAAAAAGAAGCUUAACAUGCGGCGAAGUUUGCGUCAGCUUAGCACACCAACAUCUCAGAAGCACGAGAAAGUGCGAGCUAGACUUUCCCUCACUUCUCCAGAGCAGUUCCCCUCUGUUCCUCUCAAAGACCACUUUUUCUCCCAGAGCACACCUGUUGGACUGGAUUUUUUGGGCUGGCCUCACCGUGCAUCAUUUUCAGAAUUGAAUCUCAGCACACCAGCACAAGAGGAACAUGGACAGGUACCCCCUCUGGCCUUGGUGAUAACUGAUGGACCGCAGGAUAAGUCUGGCCUUGCGGAUGAGGUGGGGAGUGAAGAUGACCUGUACAAUGAGUUUCGCAGCUCCUCCAACCGAUUCGGACACCCAGGAGGAGGAGGAGAACAGCUGGCCAUAAAUGAGCUGAUCAGUGAUGGCAGCGUGUGCGCGGAGGCUCUAUGGGACCACGUCACCAUGGACGACCAGGAGCUGGGCUUCAAAGCUGGAGAUGUCAUUGAAGUAGUGGACGCCACUAACAAGGAGUGGUGGUGGGGCCGGGUGCUGGACAGCGAGGGCUGGUUCCCUGCCAGCUUUGUUCGGUUACGGGUGAACCAAGAUGAACCCAUGGAGGAAUACUUAGCCCAUCUGGACGGGGCCUCGGAGGGGGGUGGGGCCAGCAUGGGGGGUCCCUUAGGGCCCGGUCUGCCCUGCAAGGAGCAGAUGAGAGCCAACGUCAUCAAUGAGAUCAUGAGCACAGAGAGGGAUUACAUCAAACACCUGAAGGACAUCUGUGAGGGCUAUAUAAAACAGUGUCGGAAGAGGACAGAUAUGUUUACUGAGGAGCAACUGCGCACUAUCUUUGGAAACAUCGAUGAGCUCUAUCGUUUUCAGAAGAAGUUCCUCAAAGCCUUGGAGAAGAAAUUCAACAAAGACCAUCCUCACCUCAGCGAGAUUGGCUCCUGCUUCUUAGAGCACCAAACAAACUUUCAGAUCUACUCUGAAUAUUGCAACAACCACCCCAAUGCCUGCGUGCAGCUCUCCAAACUGAUGAAGAUCAAGAAGUAUGUGUUCUUCUUUGAGGCCUGUCGUCUGCUCCAGAAGAUGAUCGACAUUUCCUUGGAUGGAUUCCUGCUUACUCCUGUUCAGAAGAUCUGCAAGUAUCCUCUGCAGCUGGCUGAACUGCUGAAGUACACCAACCCACAGCACAGAGAUUAUAAGGAUGUGGAAGCUGCUUUAAAUGCAAUGAAAAAUGUGGCCCGACUGAUCAAUGAGAGAAAACGGCGUCUGGAGAAUAUUGACAAAAUUGCUCAGUGGCAAAGCUCCAUAGAAGACUGGGAGGGUGAAGACAUCUUGAGCAGAAGCUCUGAUCUGAUUUUCUCAGGAGACCUGACAAAGAUCUCCCAGCCGCAGGCCAAAGGCCAGCAGCGAAUGUUCUUUCUCUUUGACCACCAACUGGUUUUCUGUAAGAAGGAUCUGCUUCGGAGGGACAUCCUGUACUAUAAGGGUCGGUUAGACAUGGAUCAGAUGCAAGUUGUGGAUGUGGAGGAUGGGAAGGAUAAGGACUUUAACAUGAGUGUGAAGAAUGCCUUGAAAUUAUGUUCUCCUGGGGGAGAGGAGGUCCACCUUCUGUGUGCCAAGAAACCCGAGCAGAAGCAGCGCUGGCUGCGAGCCUUUGCGGAUGAACGGGAACAGGUCCAGCACGACCUCGAAACAGGUUUUACGAUCACAGAGGUCCAGAAGAAGCAGGCCAUGUUGAAUGCAUCUAAAAGUCACCCAACAGGGAAGCCCAAAGCUGUGACCAGGCCCUACUAUGACUUCCUGCUGCGUCAGAAGCACCCCACUCUUCCCACCUCCCUGCCCCAGCAGCAGGUCAUCAUGUUGGCCGAACCCAAACGCAAGACCUCCAAUUUCUGGCACAACAUCGGACGCUUGACACCGUUCAAAAAAUGAGAGACUCGGUACAUUCGCAGUUGCGCCUGAACUCAUGUUUUUAUCCCAGUGUAACAUGUUUAUUUUUAUUGUCUGAUUGCGAAAGCACUUUAUGGGUUGGUUACAAUCACGGCAUCCCUCCCAGAGGUUGUGGAACAUCGUGGGAGGGCGUCCCUGCUAUGUUAUUAUUAUUAACGUCGAAAAAGACGGCUACUACUGCUCAACCGCUCCACUCUCCGGCACUAACACGACUACUGCUGCAAGUCAUCGUACAGACACGCUUCAUCGAAAGAGCCCUGCUUGAAGAGAGGACUUCUUUAUUUGUUGGUUAAUUUAUUUUCAAGUUUUCAAUGUAUGCCAGCUAUCCACAGUGCCCAACUACUAGCUUUUAUAUGUAAUUUGAUACUUUUGUGUAACCCAUGAUGAUGUUUGAAGUUUCAAAGGGUUCCGCACAAGAUAAAAGUAGACCGUGUUGAGAUUUAUUACCGUAUUAACUUCCUGGAGGUCCGUCGAUAUCAUGUCAGUCUGUGUAUGCAACUAUCAACUCCUCCCAACUUUCUCCUCAUGAAGCCUCAAAUGAAACGUAGACGGCGUCCCUUCGGUACUCACCGUUUCAGACGAGUGUUUCAUGUAUGUGCUCAUUUGAAUCUGCUGCCUAAUGACUCCUCUGUAACCCACUUCUCUCUGAAGUGCCAUUCCAAACGUAUUGUGAUGGGGGUUGCAUGAAUUUGCUGUGAAACUCGACAUUUUCAACCCAAAUAAAAUUGUCAAUAUUCUGUCAUUCUGAUAGAUAAUGGUACUAUUAAAUUAAAUAAUAAUGUCUGACAGUUGUCAAAUAUGUAUGAUAAUCUUUGACUACAGAAAAGCGUAUGUUAAUAAAAAGCAUUUGUAAGUGUUA